AUGAAAUUUUUAGUAUAUAUUGACGAUAAAGAACCAUCUUUUUCAGCUUUUUACAGAGUUUUAAAUUUGGUUAAAGAAAAUGAUUGGGUAAUAAUUGUUGCCAAAGUUAAAUUCUAUAGAGGGAUUGGACAUCGUUCAUCACAUGUUAUGAAACAUUUUACAAGAUUAUUAGAUAAAAAACAUAUUAAAAAUUUAACUUUUAUUGAAUAUGGUUCAAUUAAACAUAUAAUUAAAAAUAAGGUUAAAUUAUUAAAAAUUGAUAUGAUUUUGAUUGCUGCACACAAUUCAAAAACAAAAAGAUUAUGUAAUUAUUGCUCAGACAAUAUAUCGUGCAAUUUAAUGAUUGUUAGAGAAUUUGUACCAUUAGAAGAUUAUUUAAUACCACCAACUGGUGUUAAAAGUGAUUAUUCACAUCCAGAGAAUUUAAAUCCAAUUCCAAGUAAAAAGAAACCAUUAAUGCAAUCAGAAUCAAUGUCAUCAAUUGAUACCUAUAAGAAUAACGAAGAUUUGGAAAUUCCAAGGACAAGAACUUCAACAAUUAUUGAAUCACGUUCAAUGGAAAAUGUUAGUCCAAUAGUACAAAGUACCAGAGCUGGAAAAGAAAGUAUUUAUAGUACAACAACUCAACCAACUAUUGAAUCAAGUGAUGAAUCUGAAAAUGAAAAAGAAUAUAACAAUGAUGAAGAUGAUACAACUGAAUAUCGUUUGGUUUCUACCCCUUCAAGUGUAUCAAAAGAAUCAAAAGGAACUCAUUCUGUAUUAGGCCAAGCUCACCCUCAAAAAUCUCGUGAAGUUGUUUAA